CGGUUGACAGGGCACCAUGACGUCACAAAUCCUUUUAUCGUUCUUACUCCAUGUUUAUCUUGGAUCCAACUUUGUGACGUCACAAUACAUGCAACAACCAACAGUUAUUACGGUCUCACCACAAGGCGGAAUAGAAGGGCCACCGGGGCGAGAGUACGAAAUCAAGUGCCGGGCGAGUUGGUACCGGACACCUCCCGAGGUCGAAUGGACGUUCAACGGGCGUCGCAUCUUCGACGGGAACAAGUACGUCAUCGACAUCGAGCAGACACAAUUGGAAGAUGCGACCAUCAGUUCCCUGUUCAUACAGAACGCAAGGCCGAUGGACUCGGGGCGGUAUGGCUGCCGCAUGCAAGCACCGGCUUUCGGGCUAGCCAGCACCACGUUUAAGGUGUUUCCACAACCAAUACUUAUGCCUUCUCCUCAUCAAGUCAUUGAUCGUGACGCUAAUAUGACCCUACGAUGCCCAGCCAGGGGAAACUUUGGGGGAAACCUCUUCUGGAUUAAGGAUAAUAUAGUGAUCGGUGGACAAGCCGGGGUGUACGAUCCGAACAGAGACAGGAUACCUGACUACUGGGUCGUCGACAAUGAGAGGAUGGUAAUCAUCAACGCUAACAUCCAGAACGCAGGAGUUUACAGGUGCCAGUACCGGUAUUUCUUCCACGGCAGACACCAGAACGUCGCAGAGAUCAUCAACGUCAACUCUCCCGUCGAACUGGUAACUGCACCAUUAAUACGAUGGCAGGAGCUUCCCAACGGUGGUCCCCUUCGUCUAGAGUGUAAGGCCCGUGGUUUCCCACGACCAAGGAUCGCUUGGACCUACUCCAAUUUCACCUUCGAAAGCGGGGGUUACAUGGACAAGAAUGUGAGCAUUGUGACGAGUCCACAGUCCCAGACCAUUGUGACGUCAGUGCUCAGCGUGCGUCACAUGCCGGACAAGUUCAAUGUGGCCCGAUUUAACUGCUCCGGGCAGAACAGUGUGAGCAGGGCCAGUAAGCUUAUCAUGGUGGUGAAUAUGGGGACAUCGGGACAGGUUCCGAACAGAGGACCCAAUACGGGGACAUCCACCGGUGCUGCCUGCGUCGGGACCAGUUCAAGCUUGAUCCUUGUUGCCUUUGGAACGUCCUGCAUACUGAUUAAAUCGCUUUGGGAUACGAGAUGAGGAGCUAGCGAAACUGUUGAGAACUGCCCAUUUAUGCAACGUGUCCAAUGCGACAUAUGACUUUUAUUCAUUUUCCAUCCAAGGAAUGAUGAAGCUUUUGCUAUGAUCUUCGGGAAGGGGUUCUUGGUAUCAACACCAUUAGCUGCCAGACACAACUUGGGAAAACCGAGCACAGGUAAAACCGCCGAAAACGGCAUAUACCGCUCGGCGAAUAUAGAGCCCCAACGUCAAUUGCGAAGCAGUGUGUACACAUUGGAAUUCUUUCAAAGUCAACCUGCCGUUGAAAUAAAUUAUUUCCAGAAUGAAUGCCGUGGGUAAAUUACCUUCAAGUCCUUAAAUGAUUCGUCAUGUAAGAUUAUUAUCAAAUGAUAACAUUUCAAAUAAAUAUACCUACUGCAUUAUUUAAGAAGUAUAUAUAAACAUCAACAAAAGGCCGACAA